CCUCCAGUCAGCCUCUCCAGGCCCGGCCUCCUGCCUCUCGAAGGCCUACACAGGCCCAGCCUCUGCCUCACAGCAGACUAUCCACGCCCAUCUAGCCCUCGCCUCACUGCGGCCUCCCCAGUCCAAAGCUCCUGCCUCUCAGCCGCUUCGGCAGGCCCAGCUCCCGCCUGCCAGUGGCCUCUUCAGGCCCAUGGGGCUCAUUCCUCACAAUGGCCUUUCCAGGCCCAGUUUUUCCCUUCCGGCGGCCUCUGCGGGCCCAGAACCUCCUCAAGUUGGCCUCUCCAGACCCACUUGCGGCCUCCUGGCGUCCUCUCUAGGCCCAGUUCUUCCUCCCGGCUGCGUCUCCAGGCCCGACUCCGGCCUCCCAACAACUCUUUGGACUCAGCUCCCGCCCAGCUCCCGGUGGCCCUGGUAGGCCCACAACUUCCUGAAGCCAAGCUCCCCAGGCCCAGCUCAGGCCUCACGGUGGCCUCUCCAGGCUCAGCUCCUGCCCUCCGACGGCGUCUCCAGGCUCCAAACGGCGUCCGGUCGGUGGGCUCCUCCUGGCCCAGCUUGGGCCUCCCGGCAACCUCUGCAGGCCCAGGUCGUCCUGAAGUCGGCCUCUCCAGGCCCAGCUCCGGCCUCCCAGCAAGCAAGCUCUUUUGGCUCAGCUCCUGCCCAGCUCCCGCUGGCCUUUGUAGGCCCCGAACUUUCUCCAGCCAAGCUCUUCAGGCCCACCUCCUGCCUCCCGGUGCCUGA